AUGGGAAAAUCUGUUACAAUUGAUAAGUUUUUCCAAAGGAAGAGAGGAAGUGAAUUAGGUCAUGCUGCUCCUAUAACCCCUUCACUAGCCUCAAAUGAUAAUGAUCUUCCAUCUGAAAAUCCUCCUAAAAGGUUUAGAAAUCCAGACGGUGAAGAAGUUGAUCUUAAUUCCUUAGAGCGUGAUCCAGGCUUGCGUCGACAAAUAUGGGAAUACCCUCUUGACCAACGGGAGGAGAUUCGUCGAGCUUAUUUGAAUCUAAAGGCAUAUCAACCUAUUCUUCAAGAUUAUCCAUUAAAUAAGGAUAUUAAGCAUCCUCGAAGAUUUCAAUUUACUUGGUAUGAGCUAUUUCAUUGGUUGGAGUAUUCACCGGCUAAAGAUAAAGCAUAUUGCUUUCCAUGUUUUCUCUUCAACAAGCCAUCGGGAUGCAAAAAUCAAACUGCUUUUGUUGUUGAUGGUUUUGAUAGUUGGAAGAAAGUUCGAAGCGGAAAAGCAUGUGCUUUCCUAGGCCAUAUAGGAAAAGAUAAUGUAUCCUCACUCCAUCGUAAUGCUGAAAAGGCAUGUGAGGAUUUGAUGAACCAACCGCAACAUAUAUCAAGGCGAUUCGACAACUUCAAUGCUGAACAAAUUGCAACAAAUCGUCUUCGGUUAAGAGCUCACAUACUUGUGGUGCGAUUGCUUGCACUCCAAGGGAUUACGUUUAGAGGCCACGAUGAGAAAUCUAGUUCGUCCAAUCGUGGCAAUUUUCUUGAAUUUUUGGAUGUGCUGGCUAUGGAGAAUGACGAACUUUCAAAGGCAAUUGCGAAAGCUCCCAAAAAUGCCAAAUAUACAAGUCAUGAUAUUCAAAAACAAAUACUUCAUGUGUUUUCAGUGAGAUUGAAAAAUGCAAUUCGUGAAGAAAUUGGAGUUGCCAAGUAUUGUAUCAUUGUUGAUGAAGCCCGUGAUGAGUCAAAAAAAGAGCAAAUGUCUAUUGUGUUGCGGUUUGUGGACACUAAUGGAUUCAUUCAAGAACGUUUUUUUGGGAUUGUUCAUGUUUCCGAUACUGCAGCUUUGACUUUAAAGAACGCCAUAUAUUCUGCUUUGGCUUAUUACAAUUUGGAUGUUCAAAAUAUUAGAGGUCAAGGUUACGAUGGGGCCAGUAAUAUGAGGGGUGAAUUCAAUGGAUUGCAAGCUUUGAUUAUGAAAGAUUGUAAGACUGCUUACUAUGUUCAUUGCUUUGCUCAUCGGCUACAGUUAGCUCUUGUUGCGGCAGCAAAAAAUCUGACUCCCAUUCAUAUGUUUUUUGAUAAAUUAAUUUCUAUAGUUAAUAUGGUUGGUGCUUCUUGCAAGCGUAAUGAUGAAUUGAAGAAAGCUCACGCGGAUGACAUUGCCCAUUUGAUUUCUAAUAAUGAACUCGAGACAGUGCCUGGACUUAAUCAGAUCGGCACUUUACAACGAGCUACUGAUACGCGUUGGAGUUCUCAUUUCAGAUCAUUAUCAAGUUUGAUCAGGAUGUUCAGUGCAGCAUGUACGGUGUUGCUCAAAGUUAUGGAGGAUGGGCUUCCUUCCCAACGAGCCGAUGCAACAUCUGUUUAUGAUGAAAUGACUUCGUUCGAUUUUGUAUUUAUCUUACAUCUAAUGAGUGAGAUUAUGGGGAUCACAGAUUUUCUUUGCCAGACUUUACAAAGGAAGUCUCAAGACAUUUCGAAUGCAAUGGAGCUUGUGGCAUCUACAAAAAGAUUACUACAAGAGUUAAGGGAUGACAAGUGGGAUAAUUUGCUUGAAAAAGUGUAG